AUGUGCAAGCGACCGGAUUUCCCGGCGGACAUCACGGGCGACGACUCCAUCGGCCUCGAAUUUCCCGCGCAACCACAGUCCGGCUGGACCCCGGGCGCGCAUGGCGCUGCCGCCGCCGCGCACCUCACCUCAUCGCAACUCGCUAUGCCGCCCUUCACCCUGCAUUAUCCCACUGCCUCCCCAGCCGCCGCCUCUCACGCUGCAGCGUCGCAGCAUCUAGACUGGCUGGCGUGCGGCCCGGCGUUCCUGUCGCCUGUCAGCCUCCUCCCCGCGUUCCCCUCGCCUGGCCCGCUGCUCGCCCCACCGCCUCUCCUCGACGCUUCCAACCCUGCUAGCGACAUGACUGCGCGUCUCUCCGCUUCUCACGGCCUCACCAGCCCGCGCGGCGCCUGGACAUCCGCCGCUAACCCCGCCGCCAUGCGCGGGUCGCCGCCUUCCCCUGCCGCCGCCACGGCAACCAGCGCGCUGGCCGCCGCGCAGACGGCAGCUGCGGCGGCGACGGCGACGGCCGGCGCAGCAGCGGGGGGAGGAGCAGGAGCGGGAGUAGGAGCAGGAAUGGGGGCAGGAAUGGGAACAGGAGCGGCACCGUGGAUGUCGUUUAUGGGUCCGUCCCUAGCAAUGGGCUCCAUGCCGCAAGGGUUUCUAGUGCGAUCGGGUGCGGCGCAAGCGGUAGGGCACGACGCGGGAAGGAUCCCCGUCAUGAGCGAGAAGAAGCAUAAACGCAUUGUGUCCAACCGGGCGUCAGCCAAGCGGUCGCGGCAGCGGCGGCAGCAGCGGCUGGAGGAGCUUGAAGUGAUGGCGGCGCACCUGCAGGUGGACGGGGCGGACGCACGCAAGGGCCUGGCGGACGCCACUGCCAGGCUGGCAGUGCUGCAGCACGAGAACAAAAACCUGCUGGAGCAGGUGGCGGAGCUCCAGAGGCUGAUGCAGCUGGCCAACCAGCGGUGA